AUGCCGGAACUGGCGCGGUCGAUACCCCGUUCCUGGACGUCGACUUUGAAGCUUCCUAAGUCUUCGUUCCCACCUCGAGUCUCGCUUGUCGAUCAAACCAAAUACCUAAAACGAUGCACCGAUAACCUCUACACCUGGCAAAGCCGCGAAAGACCGGCCAAGAACCCUUUCGUCCUCCACGAUGGCCCACCAUACGCGAAUGGCGAAUUACAUAUUGGACAUGCUUUGAACAAAAUUUUGAAGGAUAUCAUUUGUCGCGUACAAUUAGGUCGGGGUAAAAGGGUUCGCUACGUGCCAGGAUGGGACUGCCAUGGACUGCCGAUCGAACUCAAGGCUCUCCAAGGCCUGCGCGACAUGGACAUUGCCGACAGAUCAGUCAGUGCAGCUGUGAUUCGCAAAUCAGCGCGUCAGCUAGCCCGACAGACCGUCAAGGAACAGAUGAAAGGAUUCCGUGGGUUUGCAGUCAUGGCCGACUGGGAGAACCACUGGAAGACGAUGGACAAACAAUUCGAGAUGCGCCAGCUGGGUAUCUUCCGGGAAAUGGUUGACCGAGGUCUGAUCUAUCGCAAAUUCAAGCCUGUAUACUGGUCGCCUUCAACAGGGACGGCUCUUGCGGAAGCAGAGCUAGAAUACAAAGAGGACCACGUGUCUACCGCUGCGCUGAUCAGAUUCCCUCUGGUUGAUGUUCCGAAACACCUUGUUGAAGACCCUCUUCUCAAGGGAAAAGAAUUGAGUGCUGUUAUUUGGACGACGACCCCCUGGACGCUACCUGCCAAUGCUGCCAUUGCCGUCCAUGAGUCUUUGGAAUACACUAUUGUUCAGUCGGAGAAACAUGGCCACCUUCUCAUCGCCCAAUCCCGGUUCGAAUACCUGCAGAACAUGCUGAAUGAGGACCUAUCUAUCAUUGUUCCCUCUAUUAUGGGCUCGGAGUUGGCAGAGAAAACUACGUAUCGACCUCUGUUCAGGGGCCCGGAAGCUCAAAGCCAGAGUAUUAUCGCUGCCGACUUUGUCACUGCUGAUUCUGGAUCUGGUAUGGUUCACUGUGCGCCUGGACAUGGAAUGGAUGACUACGAAGCUUGUCUUGCGCGCGGAAUUCCUGUGUUUGCCCCCGUCAACGAUGAGGGCAGAUUCACCGAGAAAGCCAUGCCCCUCGAUCCUACUCGAUUGACUGGAAAGCCAGUUCUUGGAGAAGGUAACACCGCAGUCUUGGAAUAUGUCGAAUCUUGUGAUCAGCUGCUCGCACAACAUCGGUACGAGCACAAGUACCCUUACGACUGGAGAUCGAAGCUUCCAAUUAUUGUUCGGGCAACCGAGCAGUGGUUUGCCGACGUAGCGGAUAUCCGUGGCAGUGCUCUUCGAGCCCUGGAGGAUGUCCGAUUUGUCCCUGAAACUGGCAAGCACCGACUUGAGAACUUUGUGAAGAAUCGUAGUGAAUGGUGUAUCUCACGACAACGCUCGUGGGGUGUUCCCAUUCCCGCAAUCUAUCACCGGACCACUGGAGAGGCCGUCCUCACCAAAGACAGCGUCUCACACAUCAUGACUACGAUUGAAGAGCGGGGUAUCGAUGCGUGUGAGUCGGGAGCAGGGUAUCGACGUGGAACAGACACCAUGGACGUGUGGUUUGACAGCGGUACCAGUUGGGCAGAGAUUGAUGUGCCCACCGAAGGUCGGAGUCACCCUGCCGACGUGUAUCUCGAAGGUAGCGACCAGCACCGUGGAUGGUUCCAGUCCGGACUUCUCACGUAUAUCUCGCACCAGCUCGGCUCCGAACAGGGUACGACCCCUCGUGCUCCGUUCAAGAACCUCAUCACCCACGGCUUCACCCUGGAUGAACAUGGCCGGAAGAUGAGCAAGUCCAUUGGCAACACCAUUGCCCCGCAAACUAUCAUGGAUGGAACUCUGCUGCCUCCUCUCAAGCCCCGCAAGGGCAAAGGGAAGAAACAAGCAGAGAAAGCGGAACCUGUGUACGACGCACUUGGCCCCGAUGCUCUCCGCAUGUGGGCGGCCAGCAGCGACUACACACGGGACGUGGUAAUUGGAAAGCAGGUCCUCCAGACCGUCAACACCAGUCUCCACAAGUUCCGUGUGACGUUCAAGCUGCUUCUGGGUGCCCUCGCCGAUUUCCGACCCGACAACGUUGUCCCAUAUGAGCAGCUGCAGUUGGUGGACCGGAUUGCCCUGAAGCACCUUUCGGACAUGGUUCUCACAUCUCAAAAGGCAUGUGACAACUUUGAAUUCUACAAGGCUGUCAAUAUGAUGAACCGAUGGGCCAACCUCGAGUUCUCCGCAUUCUACAUGGAAGCGAUCAAGGACCGACUUUACACCCUGGGUGCAAACAGCUUGAGCCGUCGGGCUGCCCAAACCACCUUAUUUUACGUCUUCGGUCAUCUCCAAGAGGUAUUGGCCCCCAUCACCCCAAUGCUCGUGGAAGAAACUUGGGAACACACGCCCGAGGCUAUCCGCACCCAGACCGAGCACCCCUUGCAGCGCAUCGUUUCCGCGCCCGCACCGGAAUGGCAGGAUGCCUCUCUGGACACCAGCUACCAAGAGCUGACAGUGGUACACUCCGCCAUCAAGAACUUACAGGAGCAAGCCCGCAGCAAAAAGCAACUCGGCUCAUCCCUGCAAUCCUUCGUGCACAUCGCCCUCCCCAACAGCUCAGGCUUAUUCCACCAGUACCUCUCCGAACUCCCCGAUCUCUUUGUUGUAUCUUCCAUUACACUGGGAUCCAACGCUGACCCUGUUCCCACUGAAAUCAUCGAAGCCGAAUGGCAAUACCAAGAAGCCUUUGAACUUGGUGGCCAACCGGGCACAGUGCACGUGUACGCGCCACAGGCAGGUAAAUGCCCCCGAUGCUGGCGCUAUGCUAUUAUGGAACCAGUGGCCGAAAAUACGAUCUGCGACCGGUGUGAGACGGUCGUGCGUGAACUAGAGGCAAAUGCUUGA